AUGCCGCCGCACGUGCCGGCCGCAUCAAGUGCGAUAAUUUCAAUUGCACUAAGUGAGGAACCUUUUAGGAGAGCGAAUGCAGCGCGUGCGGCGUGGGAUGCGGCGGCUACGUGCUGGGCCGUUCCAUCAUCGCUCCCGGGACCAGCUAAUUCGCAGUUCUUUCCAUCAUCGCCUCAUCGCAUCCUCAAACAUGUUUUUCGCGAUUAUCCGCCAUUGUUCUCUGAUCGGAUGCCGCCGCGCUCGACCUACCUUCGCAAGGGGUGGGGUACAGUUGUGGGGUGCUGCCCCAGCUACAAGCUCUCCGAGGGCUCAAUAGCAUACAUGUUUUGCAAGAAUAACAUGUAUAAUAACAUUCUUUUAUCAGACAAGUUCGCGAUUGUUUUUUAA